GCGAUUUGUUGCAAAUUUUUGUUUGUUGUCGUUCUGGUGGAGGUGUUCUUGAGAGGGUACCUCUGCGCGCAGGUUUUAUACACUCGCCCGCAGGGGGACUUUAUCGGCUUGCUGGAGCUGCUGUUGUAGGUAUAUUACUUUUUGCAAGGUUGUGGAAAGAUAACGAAAUUUUUUUUUCGUUAUAAAUUUUCAUAUUUUUUAGAGAUCCAAGUUCGCGGUAAUUUACUUUUUAAACUUCUGUGAUUAAUAGAAUGUUUUGAAUUGGUUGGUUUUAAGUCAUGCAUUUGAUUAUAGUUGACUUCUUCUGAAACAAAACAUAGGAAACCACUCGUUAAAAUACAUUGUUCUAGUUGCAUUGCUAAUGCAAACAAAUGUCUCUUGUGUUGUCACUUUGAACUUCUCUAAUUUAUGGUCCCUUGACCAUUUUUUCCACAAGCUUUUGUUUUUUAAAUUCAACAAUAAUCUCUUAUUAUUUCAUCGAUAUAUAGAAUAAGCAAUCUUGUUACGUCUUGUCUUGUAUCUUUAUCAAACUGGAAUGCAAUGUUUGCAUACCAAAAGUAUGCAAAUCUAUCAUAGUAUUCACCUAUCAUGAUUCAUUAUUCUGUAUAUUUAGAACUGACUGCGCCAAAGUUGAUUCAUGCAAGAAUGUCUUGACUUAUUUUGAAAAAAAAUUUGAAACUUUUAUCCUUAUAAAAUAAGAAAAAUCAAAAUUUCUCCUGUUAAAGGUCAAUGACGCUGUUGAACCUCUGAAGUAUAGCUCGAAUGCCCUCUAAUUUAGAACAAACCGUUUAUAGAUUAGUCCAUUAUUCAAAUACCUCAGAACAAUGUAGCUUAUAAUAGAACGUACAAUGUAGCUGCCCACACUGUAUAAGUUUCAUUAGUUAGUUUAGCAACAUCCAACCAUUUGGUACAGUGUAUUUAUAAACCAUUACAUCCAAGGUAAAAAAAAUUCCUUUGUCCGGACAAGGAAAAAAUUAAUAUCAGAGCUUUUGCACUCCACAUUGAAAUCAAAGCCAGGCACUCCAGCAGCCGCAUAAUUCCAGCUUCUGACAUUCAGCCAACCGUUGGUUGCAAUGCAUUCUAAAGCAAAAAGAAUUUCUAAAAGUAUUCUAUUCUACAUUCCAUUGUAGAGUCCAGAGCCAGCUUUCUUUUUUCAUCGACACUUCACUCGCAGCUGCUUGAAAAAAAAAAGUAAAACAAACCCAAAGUAAGAGAGAACUAGUGUUAGAUUCCUAUUAAAUGCCCUAAAAUUAGCAAGAUCCAUUCGCGCGCGCGCAAGAGAGAAAUGCUUACUCAGGCGCAAGUGUAAAAGCAGCCUUUCAAUGCCCCUCCCUCUCUCUCCCAUCCCUCUUCUUCUGUUUUUGCCUCUCUUCUAUAUAGCUCCGCUGUGCAUCGCGUGCAUACACCAUCUCCCCCGGGCACUCGUAUAUAGUGGAAGCUCACAAGUUCACCAGACCUUGCCGGUGAAUACAUCAGAGAACGCCACUUCGACACCAAGUUUCCAACAAGACGAAGAAAAAAGUAUCCAGGAAGAUAGCAAAAUGAACGACCAACAACAGCAGCAGCAGCAGCAGCAGCAGCAGCAACAACAACAGCAGCAGCAGCCGCAGCUGCAACAGCAGCAAGUGCAACAAAGUAGGAAUGACGAUCGAACAAAUUUGAUCAUAAACUACUUGCCACAGAGUAUGACUGAGAAGGAACUCUACAGUAUGUUUGUGACAAUUGGUCCAGUUGAGUCAUGUCGAGUUAUGAAGGAUUAUAAGACUGGUUACAGUUAUGGAUUUGGCUUUGUUAACUACACAAAAGCUGAAGAUGCUUUAACGGCUAUUAACACAUUAAAUGGUCUUCAAGUCCAAAAUAAGAGAUUAAAGGUUUCCUUUGCUCGACCCUCCGGAGAAGAGAUCAAAGAAACAAAUCUUUAUGUCACAAAUUUACCGAGAAAUAUUACGGAAAAACAGGUGGAGGAAAUUUUCAGCAAAUUUGGUCAGAUCGUUCAGAAGAACAUACUAAAGGACAAACUUACUGGAUUGCCACGAGGAGUAGCCUUUGUGAGGUACGACAAACGAGAAGAAGCUCAGGAUGCAAUAAACCAACUUCAUGGUACGAUACCGGAAGGAGGCUCUGAGCCUCUCAGUGUCAAAAUUGCCGAGGAGCACGGCAAACAAAAGGCAGCUUACUAUGCUGGAUGGCAGGCCGGUUACAACCAGAGUCGUGCGUUGCUCGAAAAGAAAAUUAACAUAGCAAUGCUCGAGGACGAGUUAGGAGAUCUCAGGUUGUCCGAGCCGAUGAAGCACCCUGUCAAUAAACCGCAUAGGAGGAGUAAUCACUUUGCCGGCUCCUCCUCAAAGUCGUCGUUCCACGAUAUCUGGCACUGAGAUUAUCGCGCUAGCCCUAUAAAUCGCAAGGGUACACUCUUAUAUUAUUGAACGAUAUUUUUGUAAUUUUUUUUUAUUCACAAAAACUUUCUAAAAUUGUUUAAAUUCGGUGCAAAAUAUAUUUAUUAUGACCGCAGACUCUUUUCGCGACGAGCUUGCUUGUUAGGGAUCAAUGUAAAUUGUUAAUUUUUUUUUUUCAUUAUUCAGUUAGGUAGAGCAUAGAGAAUUGUUUGUGUUUUUUUUUCAGUGAAAUCUAUGUACAGUGUACUAAAUUAUUAUAUUUAUAGAUAACGUCUAUUUAUUGAAAUCUAAAAGUAUAGGAUACGCGAGCUUAGAUUUGUGAAUCGAUUUGUAUACCAGUGAAAGAGAGUUAAGUCUAAAGUUUAUUGUUUCUAUCCGCGUUCGGCCGACACUGGUCGUUUUAUUCUUCGCGGCGCGUUUCACAUUUUUUGUACUAAGCUACGAUUGAGAGAAAGAAGAAUUUCAUCAAGUUCAACGAAUAUUUUCGGUCGAUCUGCCCAAAACAGCUGUCCAUUGUCUCAAAUAUUCUUUUUCAUUCUUCAAUCGAGUUAUUUUUUUUCUUUGAAUUUUCUUUAAGUUUUUUCUACGUCAGUCAAAGCAAAAGCUUUUGCGCAUAUCGAAAAAUAUUUAUUGGAUUAGAAAAGGAUUUUGCUCAACGUAGCGAGAAUUUUUUUUUGCCGACCGACUGUAACUCUCCAUGCGACGGUCUUGUAUUUGUACCUUUUUGUACUAUUUUUUUUCUCUGUAAACGAUAUUGUAGCGGAGAAAUAUAAUUUCUACUUUCUUGUUUCUAA